AUGAUUGGAAAAUACAAAAUAUGUGAACCAAUAGGUUAAGGCUAUUCAUGUAAAGUUUAUAGGGCACAAUCGUAGGAAAAUAAUUAAUUUUAUGCUAUAAAAGUGAUAAAUCAUUAAUAAAUGAGUGAACCCUAGAUCAAGUUAUUAGGAACGGAAAUAGAAAUUUUGUAAACUUUAAAUUGUUAAAACAUCAUCAAAUUGUUUGAAAUUAUAAAGAACUCUUCGUAUACAUUCAUCAUAACAGAAUUAUGCUAAUAUGGGAGUUUAGAAGAUCAAAUGAAUAAAAAUAAAUAGUUUAAUGAAGUGCAAGCGUUGAAUUUUUUGAAUUAAAUGUGUAAUGCCUUAUUGACGUUGAAGAAAUAAAAAAUAAUACAUAAUGAUAUUAAACCAUCGAAUAUCUUUAUUUCAUAGAAUUGUUUCAAACUAGCCGAUUUCGGAUUCGCAAUUAAAGAAAAUUCAAAUUACCAAUUUAAUUUCGGAAGUCCUCUGUACAUGUCGCCAGAAACCCUAACAAAUAAUCAGCAUACCUAUUAAUCAGAUAUUUGGUCACUUGGAAUCACACUCUAUUAAUUAAUUCAUGGUUAUACUCCUUUUAAAGCAUAGAAUGAGAAGGAACUUCUACUUUGUUAUCUCAACAAUCCUAUAUAAUUCAAUAAGGAAAUCAGUCCUAAGAUGCAAGCAAUAAUAUCAAAUAUGUUGGCCAUAGACCCUUAGAAAAGAAUAUCCAUAGAGAAAUUACAGAUAUUAAUUGUUGAGAAAGAAAACAAUAUGACAUCAUCGUUCCAUUAACGAACUAAAUCUUUGUCCUAUGAUAAGUAGCCGUUCUAAUUUAAGGAGCAGACAUUGAAUAUUUGUUUAUUUGUGAAAUCGGUGAGACAAGAGAUCCAGGAUAAUGAAUUGUUGACCUAUGCCCUCACUGGAUUAAUACUUUACUAUACAAAACAAGAGCAAGGUAAACUAUAAAGAUGUUCUAGAGAAUGA